AUGAGCGCCAGCCCUCCCGAUCCCAGCGCUUACAUCUUCAGUAGAAAUUACCGAUCUAGUAUCCGUCUCAACUACCAACAUACCCUGCUCACGAACCUAACAGGGAACCAGCUCCUGCACCAAGCCAUCCGUGACAAAAUCGAUCUAUCGGCGUCGCUUCACGUGGCAGACAUCGGCGCCGGGACCGCGAUCUGGUCGACGGAGCUGGCCGAAAGUCUACCUGAGACGAACUGUCGUAUAGACGCCUUUGACAUCUCCACUGCCCAGUAUCCAGUGGCGGCAUGGGUACGACCAGCGGUAACCCUUUACCAGCAUGAUGCCUUUCAGCCAUUCCCGGAGAAAUGUCGGGGCAUGUACGAUAUCGUCAAUGUGCGGUUUUUCAUCACCUUGCUGAGCAAGGAGAAACUAGAGACAUUUCUACAAAAUGUGAUGAGCUUGUUGAAACCGGGUGGCUUCUUCCAAUGGCUUGAUUUGGAUCCUCGUUCCGCACAUGCCAUCUCCGCUUAUGCUGACUCUCCCGGGACUCAAACAUGGGCUGUCGCGGGAAUGAUGAAAACCCAUCCACCAGAUGUCACAUCGUGGAUCACCGAUGAUUGCGCCAUGAUCGAGUCAGCUGGUUUCAUACCAGUUGCUUAUGAUCGUCUGCAUCUGAAGAACUCGCAGCGACCACUCUGGAAUCACUGUGUUCUCAUGGGUAUCGAGGAAGUCUGUCUCGGUCUCGAGGCUAUCAAAGCAGACGCCGCAAAUAUGCAAGCCAUGCGAAAACAGCUGGAGAAUCUGAGUUCUGAGUUCCAAAAUGGAGCCGGUGUGGAUGCGGAGUGGUUUUAUUUGGUGGGAAGGAGGCCGCUAUAG